AAAGACUUAUAAAUUUAAAGACAUACUGUUCAAAACAUUUUCAAAAGAAAUUGUGGGCACUAGCACUGCAACAUGCGUACAAUUUCAAACUUGAUUUACGUUUUCACAGUGUGUGCCUUAUCGUCUGCUUUAAAAAAGCAACAGCGAUUUCUUGAAGAAGAGAAUGACAUCUUUACGGAACUUAACAAUUUGAAAAGCGAAAUGGCAGCAUUGAAAGCCUUAAUUGGACACACCUACAUCCGGUGGGGAAGAACGUCGUGCUCAUCUAACAAUGGAACAGAAAAGUUAUACAGUGGUUACAUGGUAGGAGACAAGUGGGACCAAUCAGGAGGCGGGUCAAAUCACCUGUGUGUCCCCGAAAUACCAUCGUGGGGCAAAUACGUGGAUGGUUAUAACGGUGGAGCUGAAGUUCGAGGAACAGAAAUUGAAGUUGAUGAUAGUGUUUCAACACAGUUGUUUGGUAAACCUUCAUACAACCAGGACAUUCCAUGUGCAGUGUGUCGAGCAAACCGUGCAUCUCAUGUCAUGAUACCUGGAAGAACCGACUGUUACUCUGGAUGGACGAAGGAAUACAGUGGUUAUAUUGUUGCUAGUAAACCAACUUGGGCUGCGAACAGUGAUUACGUGUGUCUCGAUUCGGGGCUCGAAUUUGUUGUACACGGAGCAGGUGAUGACGAAGAACACGUUGUGAAGCCAGCAGAAGUGCGUUGUGGAUCUCUUGCGUGCCCCCCUUAUGUAGAUGGUAGAGAAUUGGCAUGUGUCGUCUGCACAAAAUAAAUUACGGACAUGAAAAUUCCAUUUUACUUAUGUUUCUGCUUUUAAUAGAGCAAUAAAACAAGUAAUUGCUUU